AUGUUUGUAUUGUUUCUAAUUUCAUGGAUUGCUAAAACAACCUCUUCAACAACAUCUUCGUCUUCAGAUAUUACUCAGAUCAAUAGCUUUCUUGAAUGUAUGUCAUUAAACUCGUAUCCAUCUUCACAAAUUCACUCUCAAAACGCAUCUUCAUAUUCAACUCUUUUGUCUUCAUUUCGUAUUACUGUGGGGUUUACUAAUUCUACCACAACAGUAAAACCUCUUAUCAUACUUACACCUAAUAAUGAAUCGGAUAUCAAAACAGUAAAACCUCUUAUCAUACUUACACCUAAUAAUGAAUCGGAUAUCAAAACAACUUUGAAUUGUAGUGUGAUAAACAAUUUACAAAUCAGAGUAAGAAGUGGUGGCCAUGAUUACGAAGGUUUAUCUUGGAAGUCCGACUUCCGAUUCAUUAUUGUCGAUCUCGUAAAUAUUCGGUCAAUUAGUGUUGACGUGAAAAAGAAAUCUGCAUGGAUUCAGGCUGGUGUAACUCUUGAUGAGGUUUACUAUAGCAUUGCUGAGAAGAGAAAGACUUUAGGAUUCCCGGCUAGGACAUGCCCUACUAUGGGUGUUGGUGGACAUUUCAGUGGAGGUGGUAUUGGAGUUUUGGUAAGGAAAUAUGGGCUUGCUGCUGAUAUAUCAUCGAUGGGUGAAAACCUUUUUUGGGCCAUUAGAGGAGGCAGUGGUGCAAGUUUUGGGAUCAUUCUUUCAUGGAAAAUCAAGUUGGUUUCUGUUCCACCAAUAAUUACUAGUUUCACUCCAAGUAGAAGUUUAAGCGAUGGUGCAAUAAAGCUUUUCCUUAGAUGGCAAGAAAUUGCAGAUAAAUUUCAUGAAGAUCUUUACGUCAGAGUUGUUAUACAAAAUGGGUUCGACCAAACAACUAGGGAGAAAACAGUUUCCGUUUUAUUCAACUCCUUAUAUCUUGGAGGUGUUGAAGAACUACUGAACUUGAUGGGAAAAAGUUUCCCUGAGUUAGGUCUGAAAGCCAGUGAUUGUACUGAAAUGAGUAGGAUCCAAUCUAUCACACCAAUCUCUGAAAUAUGGUUACAAGGGUUGUGGACCAGAGUUCUACAAGAAGAUAUAGUAUACAUAAUAAUGGAUCCUCUUGGAGGAAUGAUGAGUAACAUUUCAGAAUUUGAAAUUUCAUUCCCACGUAGGAAGGGAAAUUUGUAUAACAUUCAGUACAUUGUGCAAUGGAGUAAACAAAAAAGAAUUCAAACAUCUCAACAACACUUGGAUUGGAUUAGAGAUCUGUACAAGUACAUGACUCCUUAUGUUUCAAAUUCUCCAAGAGUUGCUUAUCUCAACUAUAGAGAUCUUGAUUUGGGUAAGAAUGAUUCUUCUAACAUAAACUAUACAUUAUCUAUUCAAUGGGGAAUGAAAUAUUUCAAGGGAAAUUUCCAAAGAUUGGCAUUAAUUAAGAAAGAAAUCGAUCCGCAAAAUUUCUUCAGAAAUGAACAGAGUACCCCCCAAUUAUCCUACUAG